AUAAACGGUAAAGGAGAAUCCACAGUUCGUCCGUACGGUUGUGUGCCGCGGAAGCCUGUUUUAUAUAUUUAACGUAAUGCUUAUACAUAUAUACGUAUAGAUACAUAUGUAUAUAUUUAUGCAGAUACAUAGUAUGAAUUUAUAUUUGCGGCAUUGCUGUUGGUCGGUCGUUUUGUUCGCGGCUGUUGCACAUACAUUAAGUCAAGUUUGAAACGUAGUUUAAAACGGGAGAUGCAAGAGAAAAAUUGUGUUCUAGAGAUAAACCCGCUGAUAAGUAGUUCCUUUAUAUUGAUACUUAAAAUAACAGGAAUAACAAGAACGAUAUUAUCUAGUGAAGAUAUCUUAAAGGCAGCAAAACUCGUUAUCGAGUUGAAAUAUAGACUGGUUCAAGCAUUGGCAAUAGCACUCACUGGAAUUACGGCUGUGAUGGCAGAUACAGAUACAGACACUACUGAGGAUCAGGCAGCAACAACGUCAACUAUUAAGUGCGACGAUUCUCCCAGCUCCACUUUCAUUAGUGAUAAAUCCAAUAAUAUUGGAAAAGACCAAUAUAAUCGGAAGAAAUUGCAUAAUUCAAGAAGCGACCGUAAGCGAAAAAAUCCAUACUCUAAAAAGGUGAAAGACGAUAAUGAUAAUGAUAAAGAUAAUGAUGACGAUGAUGAUGAAUAUGAUUAUGAUUAUGAUGAUAUUGAUAAUGAUAAUGAUGAUGAUGAUGAUGAUGAUAAUAUAAAUGAAAACGAAGUGGCGCAUGGAAUAUGCGAUGAAACUAGAAAUUCAGCUAUACAGCAGAACAGCGAAAAUGUUACCAAUUAUCGUCAGCAAGAAGUCAGCACAAGUUUAGCAGAGAGAGGAAGUGAAGCAGCGCCAUCUAUCAACGUGGAUCAGAACCAAGUUCAGCCAAUUGAAACAUAUGACACAAGUGCGUAUAUUGCGCCAGAGCAAGCGCUAGUUACUAGAGUGGAGCUAGUUGUGCCAGCUCAGCUAAAUUCAGAACCAAUUCAGCAUAGUAAGUUACACUACAACAACAGCAGCAACAACAACAACAACAACAACAACAAUAAUAAUACUACUACUACUACUAAUACUACUACUACUGACGUCCAAUUCAGCCGCGCAAUGCCAGCAAUGCCCACUGAUAAAAACAAUGGUUGUGAAACAGACUCCUCCUCCUCCAAUGUGAAUUUAAGGAAUCCUACUAAUAUAACAUUAGCGACAACAACAACAACAGGUGAUAUUUUAAAUACAGAAAGGCGAGCAACAAUUUGGGUACCGCACGAUGAAUAUAAAGCCUCUAUCUCUAGCGCUGACUCUGGCUCAGUCACUGUCUCUGGCUCUGGAUCUGGCUCUGGUCAUUUAGAACAGCUCAAUAGCAACUCGGAACGUUUGAGCUGCUCAGAUUCGAUUGGCUAUAAAUCAAAUAUAUUUGGCACACAGCAAGAGACACAUCAUCCCGCCGAGCUACUAUUGCAAAUAGAGAAAGAAACGUCUGGAGGCACAGGAAAUUUUGGGCAAUUUUUGCCAUUGGAGCAACAUAAUCAAAGGCAGCAAAGCUUCAAUCAACAGCAUCACGCACAUAUACAAAAUCAUUUACAGAGCAAUAUGUAUGCACAAAUGCUGCCCCAUCAACAACAUUCACAUCAGCAACACCAGCAACAACACCAGCAACAGCAACAGCAGCAGCAACAACAGCAGCAGCAACAGCAACAGCAGCAACUGCAGCAGCAGCAGUUGCAUCAUCCACACAACAUACAUCAAGAAAAUAUACUUGAGCAUCAACAAUCGCUACACUAUGUCAAUUAUAUACAUCAUCAAUAUGCUCAUGAUCAAUUGUUUGCAUUGCAUCAUACUCAUAAUAAUCACCUGCAGCAGCAGCAGCAACCAGCACAUCCUCAACAGCAGCAGCAACAACAUUCUCAACAGCAAACACAACAACAUCCGCUGCAACAUCGUCAUCAUGUUGAUUGUCACGUCCCAAUGCAACAGCAUUCAGCUAUUCAGCAUGCAAUUGCUCAUUCACAGCAACAAAUGCCGGAGCAAUACCAUGAUCUUAUGAUGGAUGAAUUUCACGAGGAUCCCUGUUCAGGGUACAAGUUAACACUUUCUCCAAGCAAUGCUAAAACGGAAAAUCAAGAUGAUGGCUAUGAAACAAGUGCUGGGGACGUUUUAACGCCCAAUUCGCAUAGUUCAUCCACACAUUCGGUAACUCCGCAACAUCAAAUGCAACAUGUGGUGCCACUUGGUUUGCUGCCUCAAAAUAAACACGAAGAUGUAAAUUCGAGUUCGAAUCACAAUCAAAGUCAAGCCGCUAACACAUCGAGCAGUAGUCCGCAAGUGCAAGCGGCGCCAGCUGUUCUGCCGGAUCUAUCGAUGUCGCAAAAUGCUAAUACUGAUCCAUAUGGCUUUAUGGCCGAAGAAAUGAGCAUUCUAUCUCCAGCUGGUCACCCAGCUCCUGUCGAUAUGCCAGCAUCCAAUGCCCCCAACUAUGCGUCUGUACCAGCGGCUCAGGGCUCAGCGUCCUGUCGUGCUAUUGCUGUUGCUCAAAAAUCCAGUGACAUAUAUAGCAACAUGACGCAUAAUAGCGAACCGAUUGUCGAUUCUCACAAUACGGAAAUCAGAAGAGGGGGCGAAUCAUCAUCUCAAGAUUCGAACAAAUCCAUAAAUUUCGAUUUGCAACAGGCCAGGCCAGGUUCGGGGUCACUGCCAAAGAGAAGGGGCCGUAAAAAGAAACUAAUCGAAGCGGACAACAUGCAAAUAGGAGCUGCACAGCAAUGUGUCAGCAGAGACGGUGGCAUUGGCUCAGAUGAUAUGCUGGUCAUGAAGCCCAAGGAGCGUAAGAAGCACGAUCGAUUUAAUGGAAUGUCUGAGGCGGAAGUAAUUCAGCGUACCAUACCCGAUCAUCUUUGUGAUAAUCUUGAUAUUGUAAUAGUUGGUAUAAAUCCCGGCUUGUUCGCUGCUUACAAAGGCCAUCAUUAUGCCGGACCUGGUAAUCAUUUCUGGAAAUGUCUUUAUCUAUCCGGACUUACCCAAGAGCAAAUGAGUGCCGACGAUGAUUAUACUUUGGUUAAGCAGGGCAUUGGCUUUACGAACAUGGUUGCGCGUGCCACUAAAGGCUCUGCGGAUCUAACGCGUAAGGAAAUCAAAGAGGGUAGUCGCAUUUUGCUCGAGAAACUACAGCGCUUUCAACCCAAGGUUGCUGUUUUCAAUGGCAAACUGAUUUUUGAGGUAUUCUCGGGCAAGAAGGAAUUUCACUUCGGUCGGCAGCCUGAUCGAGUGGAGGGUACCAAUACUUAUAUUUGGGUAAUGCCUUCCUCGUCGGCGAGAUGCGCUCAACUGCCUCGGGCUGCGGACAAAGUGCCCUUUUAUGCAGCGCUGAAAAAAUUUCGGGACUUUCUGAAUGGUCAAGUACCACACAUGGAUGACUCGGAAUGCAUCUUUACUGAGCAACGUAUAAGGCAGUGCUGUGAGCAGCAGGAACCCGUUAAGAAUCUGUCAACAGCAGCGAACUCUAAUAACAAUAAUAAUAAUAAUUCUAACAACACUAUGGAGCAACAAUCUAGUCUUAUGUUUGUUGACAACGUGAACAACAGCAGGAACAAUAAUAAUAAUAAUAAUAACAUUGAACCCGUCACAGAUUGUUCGAAUCAAGUUCUGGACAAACAGCUGUUGCCACACUUCAAUAACAAGACACACCCAAAUUUAAGCAAUAUCAAUCCCCGCGAUGGUUUUAUCUAUGGGAGUAAUGAGGAGGCAAUGCGUCCCAAUAAUGAACCCAAUUAUUUGUCUGUCUUCGGUAAUCAACAGGCUACGCAACAGUCGCUGCCUGAAAAGAAAAAACGUGGUCGUCCGAAAAAGAUUAAAGGCCAGGACGUAAUUGAUAACGGAAAUGCCGGCAAAGUACAGCUGAUGCCGCAACAUGAUUUCAAUAAUAUUUUGAAUCUGUCGAUGAUGGCUGCCGGCGCAAAUAACAACAGCGCCAAUGGCACUGAGCUGCCCACUAAGAAGAAACGUGGCAGACCCAAAAAACUAAAGCCAAGCCUAGAGAAUAUGUUGACAAAUCAACAGCAGCAGCAGCAACAGUCGGCAACAGCAACAUCAACUGGAUUGAUUUCGAUUUCAAUGGAGCAUAAUACAGCAUCGCCGCAGAGUCAGGGCCAUCAGGCACCGCCUAGUUUAUAUAAUACGCCGCCGCCUUCUCAUAUAUUAUAUACAGCAUCCGCAUCGCCGAUGGCAUCGCCAGCGCUCAAUUGCAGCUACCCGUCAGUGGGUCAAGUCGAACAGCAGCAAAUGCAGCUUAUGCAAACAGAUCAUCAUCAGAUGCAGGCUUCUGCUGCAGCUGUCAUCAGAGAUCAGCCACAUUUAGGUGAAACACCACCGCCGAGCUCACCAAAUAUGUGUGCUGUGGUUGACUUUGAGCCGCCAAGCGAGCGGAAUGAUGGCCAGGACACGAAUCUAACGGCUCGCGCGCCAGAUAAGUUGCAAACCGAUCCGCUGACGCAUGUGCCCGAGCACUAUCAACAGUGGAUGCAUCAUCAACAACAAGAGCAGCAGCAGCAGCAGCAGCAGCAGCAGCAGCAGCAGCAGCAGCAGCAACAACAACAACAACAACAACAACAACAGUCCGCCCAAAAGCUCAAUCAAUCCCAAUCGUCGCCCGUUGGCCACUAUCAAGCGCAAGCGCAGCUUAACUAUCAACCAGAUCCAGCAGAGCAUUGGCAACGCUAUGAUGAGCAUAGCAAUAGUCGAUCUUAUAUGGUAUCAUCGCCCCACCCACAUCAUAAUAUCAAUUUAAGUCCACAACUGAACAAUAAUGCUCAGUCGGGUCAAGUUUCCUCCGCCGAUAUGUCACGCAAGAGUCUGUCGGGUCUUGAAUCUCUGGUUGAUCAAAUACCAACAAUAAGUGAGCACGAAACGAACGCCAUAUCCACAGCAACCGCAGCGGCGGCAGCAGCUGCUGUCGAAAGUCGUUUAUUGGGAUUACAACAACAACAACUACAACAACAACAGCAGCAGCAGCAGCAGCAGAAGAAUGUCCAUACGGAACCACCAGCCAACAACAUUGUGAUCAGUAACUUUUCUGUUAGUAGCCUGGCCGCAUCGUCAGCUACAACGAAUAUUGAUGAACAUUCGGCCCAAGUUAGCAGCAGCGCCAGCAGGCCCGAAGCCAACAGCAACACAAAUACCGCAAACAACAACAGCAAUAACGAUUAUCCCAACCAUGGUCAAGGUGGCUAUGCACAUCCGCAUGCCAGCCAUUUGAUUAGCUCCGCGUUGGUAACAGCUACAGCUGCUGCUGCAGCUGCUGCUGGCAAUCCACAAGUGAUGCAUCCACAUCCACAUCCACAUCCGCAUCCACAUCCACAUUCGCAUCCGCAAAUGUAUAUGGAGCAUGUGCACAUGGCACAUGCGAUGCCAACGGUGAAUGUGAACUCAAUGUAUGGUCCGCCUUACGGACACGGAACAUCGGCACCUGAUUAUGGACCCUAUAGCGUGCAGAGUGGAACACCUACAUUGCAUGUGCCCAGUCCGAAUUAUCCUUAUGCCCAUUACGGACAGCAGGCUAACUACGCCGGCUUUGCACAUGCGCAUCCGCAUACGCAUCCACAUUCACAUCCACAUCCACAUCCACACCACCACACAGGACAUCCGGCAGCGCACCAUUUGACCGUCUUUGAGCGGCUCAAGCCGACCGACAUAGGCAGCUACACGAGCUACUGAAAGAAGAACAACAACAACUACGAUACGAAUACGUUUAGCAAUCUCUGCGGC